UCGUGGCUAGUGCCGUUCGUUGUUGACAAUUGAACAGAAUUUUCUUGCAGUUAUCUAAACAAUUCCCUCCAAGAUCGCUAAUUGUCCCCCGAUUGACAACAAUCACGUGCUAAUUAAUUGCUGGGGAUUAUUUUCUGCUGGAAGGAAGAAUCGAUAGGUCGACGACAAACACGCGAUUCAACUGAUUUUAACCGCCAUCUCCAUGUCCUACGACUUCGGAGGCUUCGAUAGGUGACUGCCAAGGGUGACUGGUGUCAAGCGUGUACUUAUUCAAAGCAAAAUUACGCCUAAACGAGCAAAAAUGAGCGACGAGCAGACGACGAUGGAACCGCCUCAAGUUCCCGAGUUAUCGUCUAAUGCCAUCGAGAAACUUGAAGAAGCGAAACUCAAGGCCAAAUUUCCGAAUGCAGGAGGUCGGCCAAUUAGUGGACACUCUGCUUUUCUUCAGAAGAGAUUGGCCAAGGGGCAAAAAUUCUUCGAUUCUGGUGAUUACCAAAUGGCAAAGCAGAAAUCGACAGCUAAACCAAAGCCCCCAGGUCCAUUGGGCGUCUGCUCGACUGGUGACGCUAUUCCCACCCCAGAGACAGUUCCCCAGCGUAAAACAUCGAUAAUUCAACAAAAAUUCAAUACAUCGACUAGUUCGUAAAAUCUCCACUCCUGAUACUCAACUCAUCUUCGUGAUAGUAACUUCCACCAGUUGAUUGAUCAGUCAAUUGCGUUUAGACCAGAGAUGAUCCAUAAAGGCUCGUCACACAUCCAUCAAAACAAUCUGAUCAUAAAAAUUGCUACUGAUUAUCCAUGAAGACGAGUCUAAAAAAUUAAUAAUAUUUAUACGUCGCAUGUUCAUGUCUACGAGUGAGCGAUUUUUUUUUAUUAUUAUAAUGUAAUUGAAUAAUGAAUUAUGUUUCUCACUGAUGGUAGGGAAAUGCUGGACGUUAGGAUUAAUCCAGUGAUUGAAAGUGUACUUGUAAUAUUUUUAAAAUCCUCAUAAAAUUAUUGAAAUCUUCCCCCACCAGUCCCCACAUUUUACAUGAAUCUAGAAACAAUCAUUGAUUCGGCUGAAUUAUUUUCUCUGUUGAUCAAAUAAAUUAUUCAAAUAAAACUAAAACCGGAGAUUAAUAAAUCUGCAUUUUGCCAAUCGCUGUGAUUUGCUUAGAAUAUUUAUCUUGUUGAAAAAAAAAUCAGUCAGAUUGUUACUAAAAUCUGUGUCACCUAGCCACUAACAUAAGAAUAGAUAAAUAGAAGUGGAAAACUGCAGCGUGAGAUGUAAAAAUGAAUGAAAUCAACUGAACAAAAAUUGUUGCAAUAUACCCAGAAUAAUCCAACAACAAAUAUUUGAAUUUUUCUCCCAACACUUACUCCUUCAAAAUUCAUAUUUAUUUUUAUAUGAGAAAUUAGCUGUAGUUAGUCCUUGAGAAUGGCUUGUGUUAAUAAACAAAUGAUAAAUUCA